AACCAGGAAGUGACUCACAGGAACACUCAUCGCACCAGUUGUUAUUGUGCGAGGCCUACAGCCAGUUCCACCAUUUGUUGUCAUUAUCUCUUGACGUUGCCACACACAAAAAAAAAAUCAGGACGAUGAACAACAAAGCUCCUUACCCCCAGCAAAGCCCAUACCCCCAGCAGACCACUGCACCCCUCUAUCCCCCAGCUAUGCAGGUGUCUCCUCAGGCACCCCCCUACUCUGAUGCACCACCUUCUUAUUCAGAGAUUUACCAGCCCAGGUACAUGCAUCCUCCACAGGCCCCAGGUCAACUGCCCCAGAUGUCCAGCUCCUACCCUGGUGCUCAGGUCUUCAUGCCACUUCCACAGACCGUGCCUGUGGGCCCUGUGGGUCAUGGUGUUCCCUUGGCUUACUAUCCCAUGGGACCCGUGUAUCCUCCAGGCUCCACUGUGCUGGUGGAAGGAGCUUUCGAUGCUGGCGCCCGCUUUGGUGCAGGUAGCACAGCCUCUAUCCCUCCCCCUCCACCUGGUCACCUCCCCAAUGCUGCACAGCUUGCAGCCAUGCAAGGUGCCAAUGUGGUGAUGACACAGCGCAAGAGCAAUUUCUUCAUGGGGGGUUCAAGUGGAGGCUACACCAUCUGGUAACAUUUAAACUAAGUGGCCCUGCAUCUUGGUAUUUCUUCCCACUCUCCUGUCCGGGCUACCUGCCCCAACACAAUACUGACAUCACUUAACAGAAUGUAAUAUUUUAGUGCCCUUGAUCAAGGUACAGUAAUUCACUGCAACAAAAGACAGGAUGGUUGCAUACUGCCCUCCCACUUCCUUGUUGGGAGCACAGAUGACUUAACAGACUGGAAAUUCUAGAAUGCUAUGCCCUUACUUGUUCAGAGGGAAAGAAAGCAAUAUGAAAUCCAUCAGAAAGGAAGCAUACAAUUUUUAGCGUCUCUGCUGUAGUAUUUGGCCUGCCAUUCCAGUCGUGCCCUUUCCUUGUGGAGCUGAAAUUGCUUGAAAAGCCUUUGUCAAUUGUAUGAGAUCAAAAAGUUUCUGAAUUUUCGUGUAUGUUUUGAUAUGUCAUUAAACAGUGAAUCAUCAGUUGUCUUCCUCAUACAAUUGUUUUUAUGAUUACUGGGUUGGUGUGCUAAAUUAAAAAAAAAAAAAAAAAAAACCCUCAGUGAUUUACUGUACCUUUUUAUAGGCAGUUUCUAAAGAAUAUUAUUAGGUGCCUAGGUUUUGUGAGCACCUUUACUUAAAAACUAUACAAACCAAUAUCCCAAAAUGUACUGAAAGAUUAGAUGGGAGUUCUGACUUUAAUGGCCAUUGUGGAAUGACUUUUUUUUUUUUUGUUUUUUUUUUUUUUGUCGGAUACCCAGAAAUACGUGGUUUGCCAAGUUUUGUUGUUUUAUAGUAGGAAAAUGUGUAUAAUCAUUUAGAAAAUGAACUAUAAUUAUGUAAAAUGAGUAUAAAAUUGAUCUCAUUGCCUUUAGGAAGGCUUUAUACGUAAUACACACUUAUUGUCUUGGGGUAUAUGAUCACAUCUGUUGACCUAUUGCUUAUUGACCGCUUGUUGAAUUUUUUUUUGGUCCUGCACCUAAAGGAGUACAUUUUCACACAUCAAGAUUGUAGGCUAAAUCUUUUAUGAAUUUAUCUGUUUUGAUGUAUUACCAACAAAUAUGAAUGGGUUUUAAAAUAAAGUGCUGCCAUUAGCACUCUAAUUGUAUUGAUUAAAAAUGAUAACGUAAUCAGAUCCAAGUAGUAGUGAUGCUGUCUCAGGUCUAUAGCACCUGCAGAGCCUCUCCACAACUUGGGCUGUAUAUUUUUGCUGAGAGGCAUAUUAAAGCAGGCAACUGUAUAACUGUAUAAUGAUUAAUUUAGCAUGUUUUUGCACUUUUCUUUUAUUCAAGGAUUUUUUAAUUAAUAUGCAAUAUUAUUGUUAUUGUGAUUUGUUUUAAAGACUGCUUUGACAUAUUAAUGAAUGUGCACUGUUGAAUAACUAUUAAAUAGUUUACAUUUUA